AUGGCUGAGAUAGCGGGGGUUUGGAGAUGUAAAGACAUUAAUACAAACUUGACAAGCUGUGAAUACGAAGAUAACAAAACUAACGAGACUACAAUCUUACCCGAUUACUUGACCUUUAAUGAAGAAAGUAUGAGGGAAAUAGCUGUGUAUAGUAUACUGUUUGUCAUAGCCGCGACCGGUAACCUCCCGGUCUUUAUCAGCUUGCUCAGGAAUCGCCAGCGAAAAUCUCCCGUCAAACUAAUGAUGUUAAACUUGGCUGUUGCGGAUCUUAUUGUUACGUUUGUGAUGAUCCCCCUCGAAAUUUCCUGGCGUAUCACAGUCGAAUGGAUCGCAGGAACUCUGAUCUGUAAGAUUAUGCUUUUCCUUCGAGCGUUUGGACCUUAUCUGUCAUCCAUGAUACUUGUCUGCAUCAGCUUGGACAGAUAUUUCGCCAUUGUCCAUCCUCUGAAACUUAACGACGCCAAGCGGAGAAGCAAGGUAAUGCUAGCGUGUGCUUGGCUUACGAGCCUCAUCUGUGCUGCACCUCAG